AUGGAAUCUGAAGGUCACCGAAAGGUCAUUUUCCCGAGGCUUCGCCGCUAUGGCAGAGUGGCAACACUUCAUGAUGAUAAAGUCUUCGCAGAGGCCUGGAGCAGCAGCACUUACACAUACAACCUAGUGAACCAGUUCUGUGAGCAGGUCCUGAACUUCUUGUUUUGUCCCUACUCUCCUGCCAUAGCCCCGUCCUCCCCCGGUGUUGACUCCGUACCCUUGCAGCGAACAGGAAGUCAGAAUGCCACAGGGACGUUUCCCAGAGGCGGCUAUGCGUCCGGUCAGGGCGCCAAUUACACGGAUACUUACCGCACGUUGCCAUACUGCUCUUCAGUGGAGUCUCCCUACAGCAAGUCCGGCCCUGCCCUGCCACCCGAGGGCAACCUGGCCCGCUCGCCCUCCAUCGACAGCAUUCAGAAGGAUCCCAGGGAAUUCGGUUGGCGAGAUCCUGAAUUACCUGAAGUCAUUCAGAUGUUGCAGCACCAGUUUCCCUCAGUUCAGUCCAACGCAGCGGCAUAUCUGCAACACCUUUGCUUUGGAGACAACAAGAUUAAAGCUGAGAUACGGAGGCAGGGCGGUAUUCAGUUGUUGGUGGACCUGUUGGAUCACAGAAUGGCUGAAGUACACAGAAGCGCCUGUGGUGCCCUGAGGAACCUCGUUUAUGGCAAAGCCAAUGAUGAUAAUAAAAUCACUCUGAAGAAUUGCGGUGGAAUUCCUGCGCUGGUCCGCCUGCUGCGUAAGACCUCUGAUGUGGAAGUCAGAGAACUGGUCACAGGUGUGUUGUGGAACCUGUCUUCCUGUGAUGCUCUGAAGAUGCCUAUAAUCCAGGAUGCUCUAGCCGUCUUGACCAACACCGUGAUUAUACCCCAUUCCACCUGGGACGUGUCCCCACAUCAGGAGGACCGCAAGCUUCAAAUGCACACGUCCCAAGUACUUCGCAAUGCCACCGGCUGCCUGAGGAAUGUGAGUUCGGCAGGAGAGGAGGCUCGGCGGCGGAUGAGAGAAUGCGAGGGUCUGACUGACACGCUGCUUUUCGUCAUCCAGACUUCCCUCGGAAGCAGCGAGAUUGAUAGCAAGACCAUAGAAAACUGUGUAUGCAUUUUGAGGAACCUCUCCUAUCGGCUUGCAGCUGAAACGUCUCAGGGACAGCAGAUGGGGACGGACGAGCUGGAUGGCCUCCUGUGUAGCGAUGCCAGCGGGAAGGACGGAGAGACCUCAGGCUGCUGGGGAAAGAAGAAAAAGAAGAAGAAGUCCCAGGACCAGUGGGAUGGUGUGGGACCGCUGCCAGAUACUGCUGAACCCCCCAAAGGCAUUCAGAUGCUGUGGCAUCCAUCGAUAGUAAAGCCCUACCUCACCCUCCUGUCUGAGUGCUCAAACCCAGACACGCUGGAGGGGGCCGCCGGGGCACUGCAGAACCUGGCUGCUGGGAGCUGGAAGUGGUCGGUGUACAUCCGUGCGGCGGUGAGGAAAGAGAAGGGUCUGCCCAUCCUCGUGGAGCUGCUGAGGAUAGACAACGACCGUGUGGUGUGUGCCGUCGCUACCGCGCUCAGAAACAUGGCCUUGGACGUCAGAAAUAAAGAGUUAAUUGGUAAGUAUGCCAUGCGUGACCUCGUGCACCGGCUCCCGGGUGGGAGCAAUGCUAGUGGAAGCAGCGGGGGUACAGCAAACAGCACAGCGGGUAAAACCAUGUGCGAUGACACCGUUACGGCUGUAUGUUGCGCCCUACACGAGGUCAUCACCAAGAACAUGGAGAACGCCAAGGCCUUACGAGACGCCGGUGGCAUUGAGAAGCUCAUCGGUAUUGCUAGGAGUAAAGGAGACAAACACUCACCUAAAGUGGUAAAGGCAGCAUCUCAGGUUCUCAGUAGCAUGUGGCAGUACAGAGAUCUCCGGAGCCUUUAUAAGAAGGAUGGCUACUCGCAGUAUCACUUUGUUGGCUCUGCCUCAACAAUAGAGAGAGACAGACAGAGACCGUACUCAUCCUCACGCACUCCGUCAGUAUCUCCGGUCCGGACGUCCCCUAAUAACCGAUCAGCCAGCGCCCCCGCCUCACCCAGAGAGAUGAUCAGCCUCAAGGACAGGAAGAGUGACUACGACUCCACUGGAACCAAUGCCAGUUACCAUGGAAACAAAGGAGAGCACACUUCCAGAAAAGACACAAUGGCAGUUCAAACCUCCUGUGGAACAUCCACAUUGUUCCGCAACUCGUACGAGACUUCAAAUGACGAGAUCAAACACAACCAGAUCCCAGUGCCGCCCGCACCACAGGAGCCACCGCGCAAUGACUACGAGGCGUACCCCAUCUAUCAAAACUCCACCAGGGACUUUGAGGGGCCAUUUUUUGAGGAUCAGGUCCAUCGCCCACCUCCCGCCACAGAUCUGAAUAUGCACCUGGGACUCAAGUCCACCGGGAAUUACGUGGACUUCUACUCUGCCGCCCGGCCCUAUAGCGAACUCAACUACGAAACGAGUCACUACCCCGCGUCCCCCGACUCUUGGGUUUAGGACUUCGAGCACGUAGAGGCCGGGAAACUGCAUGUGCAUGCAUAUCCCAAAACAUUUUUCAGCGAGUUUUGUUAGUCUAAGCUGGUUCCAUGGCGAAUA